AUGACACGGUACGUUGAGAAAAAGAUUCUCAGUGCUGAACAAAGCGAAGGCGUGGGUGCACGAGUACGACGAUCAAUCGGAACUUCAAAAGUACGAAAUUUUGAUCCAUUUUUAAUGCUCGAUGAAUUUCGAGUUUCGGCACCAGCUGGUUUUCCUGAUCAUCCACAUCGAGGUUUCGAAACAGUUACUUAUAUGAUAACAGGAGCUACAGAACAUGAAGAUUUCACUGGACGACGAGGUGUUAUUAAUCCAGGCGAUCUUCAAUGGAUGACUGCAGGUCGAGGUAUUGUUCAUUGUGAAAUGCCAGUCGAAAACUCUGGCGAAGGUCAUGGUCUUCAAUUGUGGGUUAAUUUAAGUAAAAAAUACAAAAUGGUUGAACCGAACUAUCAAGAAUUACUUGAUAAAGAUAUUCCUCGUGCAGCGACACCUGAUGGUUUAGUACAUGUAAAAAUUAUUGCCGGUGAAUCAAUGUCGGUAAAAUCUCCUGUAUAUACUCGUACACCAACGAUGUAUCUCGACUUCACACUUAAACCAAACGCACCUCUAUUUACUCAAGCAAUACCACAAGGAUGGAAUGCUUUUGCUUAUGUCCUCAGUGGACAAGGUGAAUUUGGUUCGAAAAAAGCAUCGGUUGAUGCACAUCAUGUACUUAUUUUAUCACAAGACGGUGAUGGUUUUGAUUUUCGUAAUACAAGUGAUAAACAUGACUGUCGAUUUGUUCUUAUUGCUGGUCAACCAUUGAAUGAACCUAUUGUUCAACAUGGUCCAUUUGUAAUGAACACCUCUGAAGAAAUUCAACAAGCUAUGGAAGAUUAUCAAUCAUGCAAAAAUGGCUUCGAACAUGCACGACAUUGGCAAAGUCAAGGAAUUGAACGAAGCUUAGCUCGACAUUAA